AUGUCUAUAUAAAAGGAGACUUGUUUUUCAUCAACUAAAUCAUUUAAAAUGUUUUUGGUAGAUGUUGGUUUUGUUGCGAGGAAAAUGAACAUUCUGGUGAUCCUCGCGGCGCUGGCCUCGAGCGGCCUCUGCAACCUACUCGCUGGGCAGCAACUGUCCACCGGGCAACAGCUGCCCGCCCACCAAACCGUCUACAUACAGGAGUCCACGGCGCCGCCCAAGACCGUGACCGAGUACACGACGGUGUCGUCGCCCGCCGCGGCUGCGGGCCAGUACGCGCAUGGCUCCAACGCGGCCGGUGCUAGCCUCUCUAACUCCUACCCCACCACCUUCACGGGAUCUGCAAGGAACUUUGGCUCCGCAAAGUCCAUCUCCUCUUUUCCGUCGUACUUCCGCACCUACCAGCGGCCGGCGUCGCAGCAGACGUACACGUCUUACGUAACGACGCCCUCGUACUCCACUACGGCGUCACCUAUAUACUCUACCGUUUACUCGACUCCGAGAUCAUCAACGUUCAGUUCGGGCCCGGUUUCAACGGCCGCGACUCCGGUGACCAGCUACUCCGCUUCCUACUCCACGCCCACUGUCUCCACCUUUUCGUCGAGCUUCCCCGCCUACGUCACGCCUACAACUGCUUCCUCCUACCCCGCCUACUCUACCUCUGUAUCGUCCAGGUACUCGCCCUUCGCCAAGGUGUACUCCACGCCCGCCACGGUGACCACCACAUACCCCGCGGCGAGCGCCUUCAAAAGUUCAAUCGCAGAUUACAACGUUUACUCGAGCGCCUCUCCUCAAAUUUUUAGAGAUUCGUCUCGCCCGGUGGUCACACAAUUUUCGUCCCCCGGUCUGUGGACCUCGCAGGGAACACACCACAGCUUCUCUUCGAAUGGAAAUGCACCCGUGACGAUUCAGAAGUCGUCGACAUUCACCCCAGUCAAACCGACGCUCACCGCGUAUGCGGACACGGUGACGCUGUAUCCCCACUCCAGCCAAUACAACACAGUUGUCAAAAAUUUGGACUCCCAGUAUUUAACGCCACAGUACUCCCAAUACUCCCCCACCACUAACGUCGUAGGUACGACGGUGUACACUAAGCCCGCUUAUAAUUCGUACUCGUCGAUUUCAUCGGUGCCCACCGUUUACUCGACGCCGGCGAGCUGGGCUGUGUACCCCACGGCGCAGUCUGUGAGCCUACCCGUGGCGAAAUCCUACUCCUACUCCGUGCCCGCAGCGUCGCACGGCUCCCACUGGUCCGGCACCUCGCAGCUGUCCUCCUCCUCUGCGUACAACGCGCAUCCCUCGGCCUACACCUACACCUUACAAGGGGCGCCCCUCGCACGCGAGUACCACACGCUGGAGACGCCACACACGCACUCCUGGAACACCGUCAACUCCUGGAGCUCGCUGCCCGCCGUCAAACAUCUCUAUGUUUCAUAGAUCCAACUGAAAUAAAUAUCUGAUUCAUUUUAUAUUGUUGAAUGAAUAUAGUGAUAUCACAAUGAAAAUGAUUGGUCAACUUUAUAAAAAAUUAAAA